AGGACAACCAACGGCAAGGACACACCAGCACCGACAAGAUGGCGUACCAAAAGCCCGUCGACAUCGACGGAUACGUCACGCAGAUGGCUAAGGCGGACAUGCGCGUGAAGGCCCAGCUGGCCGAAGAUCUGGUGCUGUAUCUGAGCGAUUCGGAGAACUCGAUCGAAUGCACCGACCUCGGCCUGCUCAUCGAUGGGCUGAUUCCGUGGAUGACCGGAAGUCACCAUAAGAUUGCACAGCGCGCACUAGAAGCGUUUACAGAGCUGAUCGUGCGCCUGGGACAGGACUUUAACGCAUACACCUCCACCAUCCUGCCGCAUGUGAUUGACCGGCUCGGCGACAGUCGCGAUACGGUGCGGGAGAAGGCACAGCUGCUCCUGCACAAGCUGAUGGAGUGCCGGGUCGUAGUUCCGCAGACGCUGCUCGACAAGCUGAGCAUCUGCUUCAAGCACAAGAAUUCCAAGGUGCGUGAAGAGUUUCUGCAGACGAUCGUUAGCACGCUCAACGAGUACGGCACACAGUCACUGUCGGUGAAGACGUACAUCCAGCCGAUUGUUAGCCUCCUCGGUGACCCUGCGCCGACAGUGCGUGAUGCCGCCAUCCAGACGUUGGUCGAGAUAUACAAGCAUGUCGGCGAAAAGUUGCGCGCGGAUCUGAAGAAGCGCGACGUACCGCCGACGAAGGCUGCCAUACUCGAGCAGAAAUUUGACGAGACGCGAAACGAUGGUUUGCUGCUGCCGUCCGCACUGCAGGCAGCCACUGGCGUCGGUGGCGCUGGUGGACACGACGAGCUGGACCGGUCCGCGGUCGUCGAGCGGCCGACGCGGUUAGUGAAGCGCACACCUUCGGCCACACCACGGAAGCCGCUUUUCGAGACGCAGGCGGCCGGCUCGGGUGAUCUGCUGCUAGCAGCGGGCGCUGUGUCGCACGAGGUGUUCGAGGCCUCGUUCGAGAACGUGCCACAGCUGACAAUCUUUUCCCAGCGCGAUAUGGACGACCACGUGAAGUCGAUCAACACGCUGAUCGGCGACAAGAGCGUGGACUGGGAGAAGCGGGUGGAAGCGCUGAAAAAGAUCCGCUCGCUGCUGAUGAUCAAUGUGCAGGGUUCGCCGGCAUUCGCACAGCAGCUGAAGGACCUUUCGAUCGCGUUCCUCGACAUCCUGAAGGAGCUGCGAUCGCAGGUGAUCCGCGAAGCGUGCAUUACGCUCGCGUACAUGAGCAAAGUUUUGCGUAGCCGGUUGGAUCAGUUCACCAUAUACAUACUGCAGGAGCUGAUCAACCUUAUCCAGAACUCAGCCAAAGUAAUCUCGUCGGCGGGCACGGUUGCGUUGAAGUAUGUGAUACGCUACACACACGCACCAAAGAUCAUACCGAUCUUGACGCAGAAUCUCAUGCUCUCGAAAUCGAAAGAUAUCCGCAGUACGCUUUGUGAGAUGCUCAGCCUGUUGUUUGACGAGUGGCCAACGAAGGCACUGGAAAAGCAUAGCAGCUUGUUGCGUGAAGCACUCCGUAAGGGGAUGACCGAUGCGGACAAUGAUGCUCGGCGUUACAGUCGAUGUGCAUUCUGGAGCUUUCGGCGUCAUUUCCCCGAUCUGGCAGACAACCUGUACGGUUCGUUGGACAUUUCUACCCAGCGCACGCUCGAGCGUGAGCGAGACAAUCUCGGAACAAACGGUACCAACUCUAUGAGUGUUAGUCUACGUGGCAGCAACAGUAGCUUGAAUUCUGUCUCUGGUGGGGUGAUAAAACGAAGACAAUCGUCCGGGUUGCGAAGUCCCGCGACCGCACAACCGCCAGUAAGCGCCACGAGCGUCAGUACGGAAAAUCUUACCACAGUCCCAGGAUCUUCCUCAUCUUCGUCGGCCGGCUCGACACGGCUGCAUCGGGCACCCUCGCUCCCAAGAACGUUCAAUCGCAACCGGAGUGGCAUUCCCGUGGCGACGACGACUGCCCGGGACGCGAACGCUGCUGCGAACCAACAGACGGCGCAACAGUCGCAACAGCCGCCACCAUUGGCUACCCGAGCUGGAGCUGCCGGUGGCUUCAGGAGUGUGUCCGCCGUCGAUACGGCCGCUGCCCAGCGUGCCCGAGCCAGAGCACAAUACUCUACCCUGGCUAGGUUGAAAGUGACUUCCGGAACGGCAUCUCUGCAGGGACAUUAUGCGCAACAAGCACGUGCUAAAAAGACACCGUCAUCGGCAUCUUCUAGCUCAUACUCCGCCAGCAACAACACGACCACGCCACAGCAACCUCCUACACCGGAGCGCAAGAUCCGAUCGAGGGCAGGAGUGUCACAGUCACAGCCAACAUCCAGAAGUACGUCACCAUCGAAUAAGUUGCGUGACAUGUAUAGCGGUGUAACGUCCAUCUAUCGACAAACAGGGACGGUGCCGAAAAAGACACAAUCAGGCAUUCCGCGCUCGUUGGCAAAUUCUCGCGAAACUAGCCCGACUCGAACUCACACACAGUUCGGUUCGUUGCGUCGUCCGGCGUACGGAACCGGCAGCCCUCGGAGACCACCGCUAAAUCCUGGUCGGCCAGUGUUGGCGCAGAAAAUUUUGCAACAAAGUCGUGAAGCAGAGAAUGCUCUGGCGGAUGCCUUAUCGCCGGGUGACGAACAUGAUAUGCCUUGUGCCGACUUUGCUCGGUUGGCGUUGCAUCGGAAAAUUUCGCGUGAUGAAUCGGACGAAAGUGAAGCAUCUUCGGUGUGUUCCGAGCGAAGUUACGAUAGCUAUCGACGGGGCAAUGAUUCAUUCUCGUGGAAUGGGUCGCGAACACGGCUAGAUAGUUCACGACAAAUGAUCGAAGAUAUCGAAACGAUCAUCCAGUUUUGUGCCUCAUCGCAUUGGUCCGAGCGCAAGGAUGGGUUGAUCAACUUGACGCAAUACCUCAGCGAGGGCAAGCUGCUGACGCCCCAGCAACUCCAGUGUGUGCUAGACCUGUUCCGCAAGAUGUUCAUGGAUCCGCACAUCAAGGUGUACGCCCUGUUUCUGGACACGGUCAACGAACUGAUCCUGUCGCAUUCGGCCGAUCUGCAGGACUGGCUGUUCAUACUACUGACGCGGUUGUUUAACAAGCUCGGAACGGACCUGCUCGGUUCUAUGCAUGGCAAGAUCUGGAAAACGCUACAGCUGAUCUACGAGUACUUCCCUGCAGAUCUGCAGCUCCAAUGUGUCUUUCGAAUAUUAGUUGACAAUGCGCAAACGCCGAACGUGAAGACACGCCAGGCAACGCUGAAAUUUCUUUCCCAGCUAGCUGGAAACUACUGUACGGCGUCCCAGUUCGUGGUGCAUCCGCAGAACCAGCAGGUGGUUAAUCACGCGAUCCAGAAGAUCAUUCAGACGUCACUCGAUCAGAAAAGUAUCGAACUAAAGUCGCAAGCACGCAUGUGCAUCGUAGCCCUUUACAACUGCAAUCCAUCACAGAUGACAAUGAUACUAGCCAAUCUUCCAAAACAGUAUCAAGACACGGCGAAAGUCUACAUUCAACAGAACAUGAGAAGAAGCAAUUCAGGAAACGAUAGUCCAUCAUCUCCACUGUCGUCUUCGAGCCCCAAACCAUUGCUUAGUCCUCAGCAGGGGCCGUAUAGUUUACAGAACAUCGCUAGCCCGCGCUCACGACAAGCAUCCGUGGAGGCAACGGCGGAAUCGAUGAACACGGAGGAAGUGUACAAGAAUCUGCGCAAAACGACAGCGGAAAUACAAAACUACAGCUUCGAGAGCAAGCUGGACCGUGAUACGAACAGCAAGGAUUCCGGCAUUAGCCAAAUGGGCGAAACGCACAUGAUGCAAUCGAUGACCGUGCUGGACGGUGUGGUUGGCCAUGGUGGUGGUGUGUACGGAAUGGCAUCGAACGGAAUUAACGGCCAUAUAGUUGGAGGCAUCGGAGGCCUGGAGAAGGAUGAUUCAUGUAAUGGAUCAAAGACACAGUCCGCGACAACUACCGAAUCGAACACGCCGGAAAACACCGUGCGGCUGGACAGUAUGGAUUUGGCUCACAAGACGAUAGCACAACAGCAACAGAUGCACCAACAGUCCAGUCGCCUCAAUUACAGCUUUGCCGAGAACGGUGAACUAGUGCUGGACAAAGGUGUGAAGGAGAACGAUGUGAUUAAAGCUGCGAUUGUCCUAACACUCCAGUCCGCACCGGAAACAACCAAACAGGUGCUAGAGAAUCUGCAAGUUUGCAUCAAGCAUGGGUCCUGUGAGCUGCCCAUUAAGAAUUUCAAAGCAAUCAUGAAAAUGUUACUGCAUUUGAUGGAAUCGCAGAAUAACGAUGUGCUUAUAGCCUCGCUGCACACUCUUGGCCGUAUCGUACGUAGCACGGAGAUGAAGGCUUGUUGGAGCAAUUUUCUCGAGCUAAUUCUAUUGAAGAUAAUAGACUGUUACAAAAUUAGCAAAGAGGUGUCACGAGAAAUUGACAUUAUAGUGUUGAAAAUAGCGGGCGUGCUACCGCUGGACAUUUCCGUCAACAUACUGAAUCCGGUGAUUGCAACCGGCGAGUUCCCGGCGAAUCUGUGUGCGCUGAAAAUACUUACCGAGCUGACGCAGAAGCAGGGCACGGAUCUGACCGAUAAUCACCUAGAUUGUAUAAUGCCAAAUGUAGCUAGGCUCGCCGAUGAUAGUCAAUCGAUGGUACGGAAAGCGGCCGUGUUCUGUAUCGUGAAGCUCUAUAUUGUGAUGGGCGAAGAGAAAGUGAAACCAAAAUUCUCCUUAUUGAACGCGAGUAAGAUAAGAUUAUUAAAUGUGUAUAUUGCGAAGUCGAUGGGAAGUGGCAGUAGUAGCAGUAGUAAGGGCGGAUCGUCAACGACAGCCAUGUCAUGAUCCAAAAACGCCAAGUGAUUAUUAUUCAAAGGACGCAAAUUUGCUAAGCUGCUCUGUAAAUUUCGUAGAAGCAUCUCCGUAAUACAAGAGUA